AUGGCUUACAGAUCGCCAUCUGCGCGCUCACGACAGAAAUCAUGCAUUGCUUGUGCCGAAGGGAAACGGCGCUGCAACCGUCAAACCCCAGAUUGCUCACGAUGUCUUGCCCAGGGAUUGGUGUGUACUUACAAAAGUGCAUGGCCCCCAAAGCGCCAGAUUAUUUCGAAUCAGUUGCAAUCAUCACAUCUUCUGGAAGCGGGGCCGGAAUCCCCCCCUGCUUCCAGUGAGACUCUGUUGUUUAUGCCGCUAGAUCAAUUUUACAUUGACGAUACGAAUGUUGGGAUCCCGUGGCUUACUCCGAUGCCCUCUCUACUUUCCAUACCAUCACUAUCCCCAGCUGCAAUUUACCCAGAAACCACCAUCCUGGAUAAAUGGUCAACCAAUCAGCUAUUGCGAAAUAUCAAAUCUUACCCGCAGGAGUUUGUUAUCACUCGAAAAACGCCAUUCAUUCAUUCCCGUCUCUACGAUGCAUACUUGCCCGAUGCUAUUCAAGAUGCUUUUACAGUGUUAGCAGCUUAUAGUAUCAAAACAUCAGAAACAGAGGACCUGGUUUUCCGUAUACUGGAAAGCAAGACUACUGGCCUCGUGGAGCAGGAUAUCCACACAAGUACCCUGCCCCAGAUUCUCGCAGCAGUGCAUGCAUUGAUGCUGUUUCAAAUUGUCCAGCUCUUUGAUGGCGAUAUUCGACAGCGCUCCUUGGCUGAACAACACAUGGAUAUAUUAAGAAUUUGGGCCUUUCAAUUACAAGAGCGAGCGGCAAGCUUGACCCCUGCGAUCACAUGGCAAGAAUGGAUAGUUGCAGAGAGCGCUCGAAGAACAAUCAUUUUUGUCAUGAUGAUUGAGGGCUUGUAUCUGUCACUAAAAACCGGGUGUUGUCCAAAUGUCAAGGCAAUGAGUAUACUUCCCUUCACAUCCAAGACCACUCUAUGGGAUCUCGGUACAAGUGCUUCAUGGCUUGAGGAAUCAGACCGAUUGCCUUCCGAAACCGUACUUUAUGGUGACUUUGCAAGGGGUUGGCAAGAGGGACAACUGCCGGGACGACUGGAUGGAUUCCAAAAGCUGUUGCUUAUACCGUGUCUGGGUGAGAGAUACAGCGAGCAACUGGAGCUAGAUGGUUGA